GUGAUCUGAUUUUCCCCAUAAAUUGCUGUGCACUGUGAAUCCAACCACGAGCCUGAGUGGAAGGAAGAGAGGGGGGGUCCCAAUCCUGAGAGUGUAUGUGUGUGUGUGCUGCCAUGGGGAAGGACUACUACAAGACCCUGGGUAUUCCCAAGGGCUCCAACGAGGAGGAAAUUAAGAAGGCAUACCGGCGCAUGGCACUGCGCUUCCACCCUGACAAGAACAAGGAUCCCAACGCAGAGGAGAAGUUCAAGGAGAUCGCAGAGGCCUACGAGGUCCUCAGUGACCCCAAGAAGAGGGUUGUCUAUGACCAGCUGGGAGAGGAAGGUUUGAAGACAGGAGGCAGCAGCUCUUCAGGUGCUCCCGGCAGCUCGACAUACCACUACACCUUCCAUGGAGAUCCCCAUGCCACUUUUGCCUCCUUCUUUGGCGGCUCCAACCCUUUCGACAUGUUCUUUGGCUCCAACCGCAGUCACAGCCGCUCUAACGGCUUUUCCUUCCACAAUGACCACAGCAACGACACAGAGCAGGACAUGGACGUGGAUGAGGAUGACCCCUUUGCUCAUUUCGGGAGACAGUUUGGCUUUCCAGGGGGGAUGAACAAUGGCUUCCCUGGGGAAGGCCGCAGGAGGAGGGGUGCGCCAUCUGAGCGUCUGGGGACUGGUCGAAAGCACCAGGACCCUCCUGUGGUCCAUGAGCUGAAGGUCUCGCUGGAGGAGAUCUUCCACGGCUGCACAAAGCGCAUGAAGAUCACCCGCCGCAGGCUGAACCCGGAUGGGAGGAGCAUGAGGACAGAGGACAAGAUCCUCAACAUUAUCAUCAAGAAGGGCUGGAAGGAGGGGACCAAGAUCACCUUCCCAAAGGAGGGGGACGAGACCCCUGAGAACAUUCCUGCUGACAUAGCCUUCGUGCUUAAGGAUAAAGGGCACCCCCACUUCAAGAGAGACGGUUCCAAUAUAAUUUAUAACUGCAAGAUCAGUCUGAAAGAGGCGUUGUGUGGCUGCACAGUUAGCAUUCCCACACUGGAAAACCGCAUCAUCUCGCUCCCCUGUCACGAUAUCAUCAAGCCAGGGACAGUGAAGCGACUCAGAGGGGAGGGCCUGCCUUUCCCCAAGAACCCAUCACAGCGCGGUGACCUCAUUGUGGAGUUUUCAGUCCGUUUCCCCGACAGGAUCCCCCCUCAGUCCAGAGAGAUUAUCAGACAACACCUCCCCCAGUCAUAG